AUGCAUCAGUCCAAGACACGAUCCAAGAACGGCUGCCGGUCGUGCCGAAUACGCAAGAUCAAAUGUGACGAGGAGAAGCAGCUGGUGCCAGGCCGCGAGGAGCCUCAAUGCAAGCGAUGUGUGUCUGCAGGCAUUGUAUGCGAGUGGAAAGGCGGGCCUAUUCCGCGAAAAUCGAUCACAUUAGACACACUUUCAAAGGGUCGGGAGGCACCAUACCCUGAGAAGGCUGGCGGGGCAAGCCAGAUUGCUCGAAAGCGAACUCCCCGGAAUUCUCAGCCACGGUCUAGUUCCUAUAAACCGCCCUUGCUUCCAUUGCCGCGAUUUGAUGAUGGUCAUAGCGAUCUACACGUGACUGCAGCCAAUUCUUUGACUCUAUCGGGCUUUGACCGAGAGUGUCUCAGUUAUCUUUCAAAUUCGACACUGGUGGUGCUUCUCGGGAAACAUUGGCCAUGGUCUACCUUAGCUUAUACCUACCAGAAGAUCUCGGUGAAAGAGCCAAUGGUCAUGAGCAUGAUACUGGCGACUACUGCAAGGGAGGUCCAUCGAUCUCGACUUUAUGACCAAGAAGCCUUGCCCAGUAUCUCAGCUAAUAAUGAGUCCUGUGAGCUGGUGGGACGAGUGCAUUACGGUCGAGCUCUAUCGAGUCUGCGUCAUGCUCUGAAACAAGACGUCAAGUCUCCGCAGAAAAUAGAGGCUAUUUUCGUCACUUUAUGGCUCAUGAUCGACUACGAGAACCGGUUUGGAAGCGGAGCACCCGCAAUAAACAUUCAUAUUGGGGGCAUUGAAACCCUGCUUCAUAAUCACAUUGUGCCUUUGCUUCAAGAUCGAGAAUCAGGCCAAUCAGAUUGGUCCGAAAGAAAAACAAUCACUUUCGAACAUGAGACACCUCCCCAGCAAUCCUCACCAGAGGCGCAAUUAAAUACUGACUCCCCAGUCACGGAUGCCAAUUCUCCGGACCUCUGUUCAACGCCCAACUCCCUAGAAACCCUCCGCUGUACUUCUGUCCCACUCUUUCUCCUUUGGACAUUGUAUUUCUUCACCCCCGCUGCACUAUUCUUUGGACCUGGAACCGCAAAAUUGGAUACUGAUAUUUUUCAAUUUUUUCUGGGCGCCGAGACUCCUAGCACCGGUCUUUUGACUUUGUCUGAGCUCUAUCGAAUCAGCAGACAAUCCCCUGCACGUUUCUGGGGCGAGACAUAUCCCGUCUCCGCUCAACUGGACGAUAUGGAAAACCUUCCCGGUCUCACAUUGUACCACCGAAGCCACAUCAUACAAUUUAAAAUCACCGAACUUUUCAAACGGGGCCCCCAAACUGAGGAAGCUAUUGGAGUUGUAUCUCCAGCCCAAUCAUGCGACUCGGUUGAGAAUGGUCGUCGUGUCAUCGAAACCAUCUACUGGGCUUCCAUCACAUUUUACAGCACAAUGAUAUACUAUCACCUCUGCUUCCCCGAUAUUCUGAAUAAUAUCUCUGGAACCCAGAUUAAUCUAAACCUCAUGUCGCUCAGUGCUGCAGUGUCCCAUGUCCUGGAGUUGAGCCUGAAGCUUCACCGCAGCCGACCUCGCAUUUUGGUGCGCAUUACCUGGCCGUUAUUCAUAGCUGGCAUCGCAACGUCUGAUCAGAUCUAUCAAGACUGGGUGUCGAUCCGUCUUCGUGAGCUGGGUCGGUAUGGCCAGAACUAUGAUCGGAUCAGCCGACGAUUUGACGAGAUUAUUCAAGGGGGACAACCCUAUUCAUAUGAAAGACAGGGCCAUUUCCUGUCUUGCUGA